CCCUGUAUCUUCUAUAUAGUGAAAUGGCUGACAAGGAAAUACAGAAAAUUGUGGAACAGUUCAAAAUGGUACAUCAUCCAGAAACUGGGUACUUCAAAGAAGUAUGGAGAGGUGAUAGACAAGUAACUUUUACACAGGAAACUACGCAUGAUGGCAAAAGAGACGUCGGGUCUAGCAUAUACUCCCUCCUAAUUAAUCCUAAUUUUAUAAGCUGGCACCAAGUCAGGUCGGAUGAAAUCUAUAACUGGCAUGCAGGAGGAACACUUAAGGUACAUUUAAUCGACAAAGAUGGAAAGCACACAUGUACUAUGUUAGGUGACGGAGUGAAAAAUCCAGAGUGUGUGUAUCAAUCUAUUAUUCCACACGAUACAUGGUAUGCUGCUGAACUAACUGAAGGGUCUAAAUAUGUCUUAUUUGGUGCCGUGGUCUUCCCAGGUUGGGAAUUGAAAGAUUGGACUGAAGGCAAUAAGGAACAACUGAUUGCAAAAUUUCCGCAGCACAAAGAUCUCUUUACAAGACUUACAAAACCAAAAUAGAUAUGUUAACAUUUAUUUUAGCCAUGUUUCUUCUCAUGGAUGUACAUAAAUAAACAAAUCUGCAAAUGUACAUGACACUUUAAUCUAUAUUUGAAAGAUGAUAUACAACGAUAAACAUGGAAAUUCUUCUUGUCUCUGUACAUCUGACAAGACAUAUGCAAGUCUUUUUUUGUAAAGACCUGCACACAUUAUAGAGUAUCCUUAUUAAACCUAUAUUUAAAGA